UGUCGCGGUCGUUUACGGACGGACGGAUUUCUUUUCCGCACAUAAUGUCUUGCUUUGUUUGGGCACAUGUUGAUCGGUCAUCUCGAGUCGGAGAUGGAACUGGCCUAAUGUAUCAUUUUUAUUGUUUCGCCCUUUUGUCAAAUUUGCAUCUUUUCCUCAAUAAAUAAAUAAAUAAAUAAACUGCAUCCCAUAUUCGUUAUAUGUAUCAUGAAGACCAUGGAUCUGAAGCUAGGACUGUUUCCAGUCACCCUGCAGUUUCCGGAAUACUUCUUCAGGAUGCAAAUCUCAGCCUGUACCCUGUAUUUGUCACCAAUACGUUUGUAGAUGAGCAUAGGAUGAUUUUAGGAAGGAAAAUAAUAAUUAAUUAUGCUGUUUUGGGCUACUGCAUUGGAUGCUUUAUAUGCCUGUCGAUCCGGUCUAGAAUAAGAAAAUGAGGGUACGAGUUCCUAGGCCACAGUUGUGGAGUGGGGUAGUAAGAGCACUGACUAUUUAAACGAUGAAAUUUGAGAGAACUCUUGACACUACACAUUUGAGUAUUGAUUGAGGAGCAAAUCGCCAUGUUCUUAGCCAAUAACCAUAACUGGGCACAACCUUUGGUUUCACACUGAGAGUGAGUGCCUGUUCUGUUUUGCUUCUUUCGGGUUGAAAUUUUAAUGUCAAGAGUUGAAACUUUUAAAGUGGUUUUAUUGAAUGGAAAUUUGAGUGCUCGAAAUCCAGAUUUGAUUGCUUGAACGUUUUGAUAUCUAUAAUUGGACUGUAAAAGAAGGGUCAUGUGCUAUGUUCCUGACGAGCCCAUGUCCAGGCUCCCCUGUUUGGCCACCAGAGAUGAGCACGCAUCACAGCUGAUCUGAGUUGGAUCAUCCUCCGCAGCCAACUUCUCUUUGGCAAUGGUUUACUGUUCUCACUGUGAUGAUGAUUGCCCAUAUGUAAAGGAUCCUGACAACGGGUUCACAUGUUGCGGAAUGUGCGGCAAGGUUAUUGAUCAGGAUAUGUAUACUGAUGAGCCUACUUUUGUCAAGGACUCCUCGGGACAGAGUCGGCUUAGUGGACACAUUAUAGGCAUUGCGAAGGGCGGUUCACUAUCCCGUGAAAGAACUGAAGAGAAAGGGAGAGACGAGAUCUGGCAGAUUGUCCAUGGCCUGCAUGUGAGUGGUGGAGAUGAUAUCAUUUGCACUGCUCAUAACUUUUAUAAACUAGCUCUUGACAAUAACUUUACUAGGGGCCGCCGAACAACUCAUGUUGCAGCUUCUUGCCUUUACAUUGCUUGCCGGCGAAGUGAAAAACCCUAUCUUCUUAUUGAUUUCUCGGACUAUUUGCAUAUAAGUGUAUAUGUCCUAGGUGCUAUUUUUCUGCAGCUUUGCCAAGUUUUGCUACUCGGAGAACACCCAAUUGUUCAAAAGCUUGUAGAUCCUAGCCUUUUCAUCCACCGUUUUACCGAACGUUUAUUGGGGAAAAGGGACAAUGCUGUCUCGGACACAGCUUUACGCAUUGUAGCUAGCAUGAAGCGAGACUGGAUGCAGACUGGGAGGAAGCCAAGUGGUUUAUGCGGUGCAGCAUUAUAUAUAGCUGCACUUUCUCAUGGACAUAUGUACACCAAGGCAGAUAUUUCUGCUGUUGUGCAUGUCUGUGAGGCAACACUAUUUAAGCGCUUGAUAGAGUUUGAAAAUACAGAUUCUGGUAGCUUAACGAUUGAAGAUUUUUUGGCAAAGGCUGAUGAAGAGCCGGUUUCAAAAUGUUUAGCCAAGUCUGGAGAAGUCCUUUGCGAGCACAAGGAUAAGGGUGCUGAGCAUUUUUCUCAUGGACUUUGUGAGGAAUGCUACGACAAUUUCACAGAACUGUCAGGUGGACUGGAGGGUGGUGCUGACCCUCCAGCUUUCCAGCGAGCUGAAAAACAAAGGCUGGAUGCUGCUAAAAGAGCCAAGGAAGCUGCUGUGGACGAGGCAAUAUGUGAGUUACAUAAUUCUGAUUUUGAAGAUAACAUCAUGAGCCCUGGGAAGAAGUCUGAAGGCAAAUCUUCGGCAAUUGCUUCCAGCCAAAUUGCAAAUGAUUUUGUUGAUUUCAAAGAUUCGGAAGUGGAAGGUGAAAAUGGUAAAACUGGUUCUGAUGCAGAAAAUCUUUCUGAUAUUGAUGAUGCGGAGGUUGACGGUUAUCUUCACAGUGAAGAAGAAACACAAACCAAAAAGAUUAUCUGGGAGGAAAUGAACAAAGAAUACCUAGAGGAACAAGCUGCAAAGGAAGCUUUAGCGGCUGAACUGGCAGCUAGAGGUGUAUCUGUUGGAGAGGGACGGCAGAAGAAACGAAAACGUAAUGAAGACAAGAACUCCACACCUGCUGAAACACCAGCAGAAGCAACAUACAACAUGUUGAAACGAAAGGGACUUGGGUCUAAAGUCAAUGUUGAAGCUGUUAGUGGAUUGUACAAGAUUGAAGACGAAGAUGGGAAAGCAAAUGGCAAAGAUGACAUGCACUUCGACGAGCAUUAUGAAGAGGAUACUGGUUAUGGUGAAACAUUUGAUGUCAGUUAUGAUUAUGGUCACGAUGCUGAUUACAACAACGAUGGCUACGUUGAUGAUGGUGGUGGUGGAGCCUAUGAGGAUUACCAUGACGCUGAUUACUAGUAGCAUUCUUCCACAGAGUGGCAAUCUGAGCAACAAGAUCUAUUCAGAAUAUCGAGACAGAACAAAUAUUUUUUUUUUCAUUCUACCUAUAUUCUUCAUCUAUACAAGAUAAUUUUUCAUUUUAUAGGAAAUGAGGUUUCAUUUUACCUAAUUAUAGGGAAACAACUCGUGCGAUA